AUGGCGGCGAAAUUCGGCGUCAAGAACCGGGCGCCGGCGGCGAUCCAGAUCACCGCGGAGCAGCUGCUGCGCGAGGCGCACGACCGCGGCGGCGGGUCGGCGUCGGGCCACGCGCGGCGCCAGCGGUCGCAGAUCACGGACCCCGACGAGCUGCGCGAGUACCGCAUGACGCAGCGCAAGGGCUUCGAGGACGCGAUCCGCAUGAACCGCGUGCACCUCGGCAACUACGUCAAGUACGCCAAGUGGGAGGAGGCGCAGGAGGCGUUCGAGCGCGCGCGGAGCGUCUUCGAGCGCGCGCUCGACGUCGACCACCGGUCGCAGUCGCUCUGGCUCAAGUACGCGGAGAUGGAGAUGCGGAACAAGUUCGUGAACCACGCGCGCAACGUCUGGGACCGCGCGACGGCGAUCCUGCCGCGCGUCGACCAGUUCUGGUACAAGUACACGUUCAUGGAGGAGAUGGUCGAGAACCACGCCGCGUGCCGCGCCGUCUUCGAGCGGUGGAUGGCGUGGGAGCCCGACGACCGCGCGUGGCACGCGUACGCGGCGUUCGAGGAGCGGCGCGGCGACGCGCGGCGCGCGCGCGCCGUGCUCGAGCGCUUCGUCGCGUGCCACCCGCGCCUCCCGUCGUACCUGAAGUACGCGCGGUGGGAGGAGAGGCAGCAGCAGCCGACGCUCGCGCGCGACGCCUACGAGCGCGCGCUCCGCGAGCUCGGGCAGUGGGAGUUCGAGGCCGGCGAGGAGGCCGCGCUCUACCGCGCGUUCGCGCGCUUCGAGGAGCGGCAGCGCGAGCACGGCCGCGCGCGCGCCAUCCUCGUCCACGCGUGCGCGACGCUCGACCGCGACGCGCACGCGGACGUCCACGCCGACCUGCUCGCCUUCGAGAAGAAGCACGGCGCCGUCGACGCCGUCGAGCGGCAGGUCGCCGAGCAGCGGCGGAGCGACUACGAGGCGCGCGUGCGCGACCACCCGCGCGACUACGACGCGUGGUUCGACCUCCUCCGCCUCGAGGAGGCGCGCUUCCGCGCGACCGGCGACGCGGGGCGGUGCCGCGCCGCGUACGCGCGCGCGUGCGCCCAGGCGCCGCCGGUGGCGGAGAAGCGGUACUGGCGGCGCUACGUCUACCUGUGGCUGGGCCGCGCCGCGUUCGAGGAGGUCGACGUGGGCGACGUCGCCGCGGCUCGCGCGGCGCUCCGGGCCGCGCUCGACGUCGUCCCCCACGCGGCGUUCACGUUCGCCAAGCUCUGGCUCGCGGCGGCGGACCUCGAGGUCCGCGCGAAGGACCUCGGCGCCGCGCGCCGGCUCCUGGGCGAGGCGCUCGGCCGCUGCCGGCGCCACGCCAAGGCGAAGCUGUACCGCGGCUACGCGAGCCUGGAACGGCGCCUCGGCGAGGUGGACCGGUGCCGCCGCGUCUACGGCGCGUGGGUCGAGGCGGCGCCGGCGCGCGCGGCCGCGUGGACCGCGCUCGCCGACCUCGAGCGCGCCGUCGGCGAGACGUCGCGCGCGCGCGCGGUCCUCGAGCUCGCGGUGGCGCGGCCCGACCUCGACCGGCCCGAGGCGGCGUGGAAGAGCUACGUCGACCUCGAGACGCGCCUCGAGGCGCACCCCGAGGAGGACGACGCCGCCGACGCCGGCGGCGCGGGGGAAAACGCCGUCGCGGCGCUCUACGAGCGGCUCCUCGAGCGCACGCGCCACGUCAAGGUCUGGCUGGCGUACGCGUCGUACGAGGCCGCGGCGCCGGGCGAGGCGGCGCCGCGGCGCGCGAACGCGCGGCGCGUCUACGAGCGAGCGCACGACGCGCUGCGCGACGCCGCCGACGACGACCGCGUCGCGCUCCUCGACGCGUGGCGCGCCUUUGAGGCCGCCGCGGCGCGCGCCGGCGACGCGCCGGCGCACCUCGACGCCGUGGAGGCCAAGCUCCCGCGCAAGGUCAAGCGCAAGCGCCCGCGCGCCGACGACCCCGACGCGUCGGAAGAGUACUACGCCUUCGUCUUCCCCGACGACGCGCGAAAGCCCGUCAACCUCAAGAUCCUCGAGAUGGCGAAGCAGUGGAAGCGCGCCGAGACGGCGCGCGCCGGCGGCGACUCGGCCGCGACGGGCGGGGCGACCUAACUUCAAGCAGCAGGAUCGUAACGAUCUCCACUAACGGCCCGGCCCGCCCGGGCGGGCUUCGAUGAUGGGGAACUAGAAGCCGGGGAUAACCUCAUACCUUCAGGGGAUUGCCAAAGACACGUCCAAAGACCCGUUUAGACGCACGAGCUUGUCACGGUAUAAAUACAAGGG